UUCUGAAGUGUGCAGCCUUUUAAGCUGUAGUUGAUGUGCUAUCCUGACACAUGACUGUUUUAUUGCAUUUAUGGCAUAUAUAAAUUUUGAUAUAAUAUAUGAAAUGUGUAGGUGUGAAUUUCUGUUGUGUAAUGUACAUUUUUGCCAAAAAUCGUCCAGAUACAUGUUGCAUAUGUAGAAGUCCAGUAAGCUAACGAAUAGUGCUACGUUCAUGAAACCAUAAAUGAGGGACACUGGCGCCAUCUAUUGGUUAAAUUUGCACAAUGGCUGCGUUCAUUGACUGUACAAUAAAAAUAUUUUAUAAAAAAUAAAAUCUCUUAUGAGCUAAUAUUAGUUAAUCGGUUAUACGUUUUAUUUUUUGUGCAUGUGUACUAAAUAUCAAAUGUCUUCAGAUGUAAUCAAUCAAUGUCUUUGUGAAUGACGUCAUCGCUGUCCUCAGUCUACCUGUUGAGUCAGGUGCGUUUCUGUGAAAGUCUUCAUAAACAACAGGGCGACGGGGAUGAAGAUCAGACGACUGUCGGCUCACUUUUAUUUAACCUUUUGCACUUUAUACUCGAGACUGUGAAGACCUAUUCGCAAUAUUCCCGGUAUUAUAGGGAAAUCCUGGAUAAAUAAACUUUAUGAGCUUUCCGGACUUCCGGGAGACCAGUGGAGCCGUCAGACUGCGACAUUUCCUCCAUAUGUUACCCAAGUCUCAGGCCAGCAAGAAGUAUUUGUAAAAGCAAUCGCCAGAGGUCGUUCUGGGCCGAGGGUCGGUCACAUGGAGAGCACCUCAUCCUGGGCCACUGGUCCCAUUGAGGAAGGCCCAUACCAAGAACGUUCUGUCGACCCACUGGAAAUCCAGGACCUUGUCGUAUGCCACAAAGUGAAACACAAAGAUGCCAAUGGAAAUACCACUGGGCCAGAGACUGUCCGCUUUCUUCCAUCCAAAGAAGAGCCCGUUUCAGGGAAUUGCGUGUGUGUGCCUUGCGCAUCUGUGACCAGCUGCAGGAGAUUGUUUUGUAGCGUAUUGACUUGUGGACUGUACCGCGUAUGCCAGCGUUUGCCCUGUCUGGCUCCAAGCGACAACACAGCUGUCAGCACACAGGUGGAAGACCCAUCAAGCACUUCAAACGUUGAGAAUGGCUUCUAUUCUGACGUCUGUAUUCGUGGCGUAAAGGUGGACACCUCCAUCAUUGAAGAAGAUGAGGGGAAUGUGUUCGUUUCCAAUUCCAAAAUGGAGAUGGACAGUCCGAUUUACUUGAGUAGCUUACCGGAAGACUUUAUCGAUGGCGACGAGGCAGAGGACGUGGACAAACUCAUUACACGGAAGCUUAUGGAGGUCUUCUCCGAGUUUGAGAUCAACGAGCUGGCUAGGUGCACAUCGGACUCUAUGUUCCUCCGGCGUUCGCGCGAGAUCAGUCAGCUGAUCUCGGAUAUCGUGCAGGAGCACAACAUGAAGGAGCAGGAGGCCGAGUGCAGGCUGGUGCGAGAGAUCAUCCGCAUCAGCACGCGUAAGAGCAAGAAGAGGCCGCAUAUCAGGCCGAAGGAACUGCAGCGAGACAGCGGCAAUGAGACCUGGAACAGCAAAAGAGCCAGCCAAAAAAGCAGCAUCAAUUCCAUCAACGACGGGAAGCUGCAAAUUUCACUGGAGAGGUCAGACGAUAUUGAAGCCAGGAAGUUACGCAACAACAGUAUACAGGCUUACUCAAGUUUCAAGGACACAGGUGUGCCGGUCACACCUGAUACUCCUUUACUACACAGCAGCAUACAGGCUUGAGUUUUCUCUCCAACCUUACUCUGGACACCAAUUUAAUUUUCAAACUGUCCAUAGACCAUCUUUUGUCAGAGUUUUAUCUAAAUUCAUUUUUAAGUACAUUUAGAAGCUGUAAUUUAAGGAGCAGUCAUUAGGGUCUUUUUUGGUCGAAGACAGAAAUGUGAUUA